AACUGAUCAAGCAAAUAUCACACUUUCACAGCAAUCAAUUUUGCAAACUGAACGAUAACAAGUACAUGUAACCUGGGCAUGAUUUCUCCUAAUUGUUUAGAAGACUUGGUGGUAAAGCUGCCGAUUGUCGUCCUGGAAAAGAUUUUAAGUUGUAGCCAUGUUCAAAAAGUUGAAGAAGAAGGUGGCUGAGGACCCAACCCUUGGGUUGCCCGAAUCGAGUGGCAAGACAACAAAAGGAGUACUACCAUCUGGCCCAAAUGUGUUGAAUCGUCCCACAAAGACGAUUGGUUUGUCCAGUGAUGACGAUCAGUCCACGUCGGAGUCUUCACUUUCUCCAGGAUCUGCCAUUCGAAUUCAGGCUUCUACCCCUGCGAAACUUGAACCCGAUCCUUCACUAGCGUCUCAGAAGCCAGGGGAGAAUGCAGUGGAGACUGGCGGUGAUUCCCAGGCACAGUGUGAACCAACAAUAUCCUCUCCGACAACAAAAAGCGAGGAUUCUACUUUGGAACUUCAGGAACAAUUGAAGUAUUUGCAGCAGCGUUUAACUACAGCAGAGGCAAGUGAAAGUGCUGCCUAUUUGGAGAGGGAACAUUCAGAGCGCCAGUUGGCUGAGCUAAGGAAGCAAGUGGGCGAUCUAUCCAGUUUGGUGGCUGAGCAUCAAAACAAGUUUCAGACAUGCAAUGAGGAUCUCUCUGCUAACCGGUUAGCUCUUCGGGACCGUGAAGCUACUAUUGAUGAACUACGUGGGGAAAGCUCAAGGCUUAGUGAAAAGCUAUCGACUGAAGAGUCACGCCACCAGAGAGCUAGCGAUGAAUUGUCAAGAUUGACAAUUCGGCUAAAAGAACUGGAAGAACGGCUAACCACCACUGAUGAACGUCUGAAGGCUAUUUGUUUGGAGCGAGAUGAGCUGCGUACUACACUUGAUAGUGAGCGACAGGAUGCCGUGUUGAAACGUCGCGACUUGCUCACUGCCCAAGAGCAAUGCCGUCAAUUGCAAGGGCAGCUGUCGUCACAACAGAAUCUCCACUCGGAAGAAGUUGCCGGCCUCCGGGAUAGGUUGUCAACCAUCGGCCAACAACUUGCUGAUAGUGAUCAUCCUGAAGGGAGUCAAGUAGCUGCUCUUGCUGCCGAGCGCGAUGAUGUGGAGAAGCGACUAAGUGAAGCUCGUAAGCUGCUAGCUGACCAACAGGCAGCAAGUGAUGAGAAAUUGGGGAAGCUGGAAAUACUGAACGAAGAGAAAGACACUGAACUGAUGCAGUUGCAUCAGAAGUUAGAGGAUGUUGAACAAUCUCUUCAAGCGCAUGUUACUUUGGUCAGUGAGCUGCGGGAUGAGCUGAAGUCCAGUCAGCAUCAACAGGAACUGACCCAGAAUGACAAUGCCGUUCAGCUAGCAGCCUUGUCAUCUCAGCUGAAGGAAGCUCAAGAACGGUCUUGGCAUGCGGAAGAAGAGCUCCAACAACUGAAAGAUCGCUCAGAGAAUAAUCUCACAGAGAACGAGACACGAAUCGAUGAGCUUAGUGAACAGCUGGCUAAAGCACGUGAGCAGCUGGCUGAUUCCAUGAUGAAGUCCUCUAGCCUUGUCAGUGAGCUGGAAAACCAGCUUGGUCAAUUGCAAACUGCUCGAGAUAUUGACAAAGCAACGGCAGACAGCAAAUUGGGUACCCUAAGACAAGAAUGCAGUGAGUUGCGGCAGAAUCUUGCAGACAAUCGCAGGCUUGUGUCUGCUUCUGCAAAGGAGCGGGCCUUUCUUGAUGCGGAUCUAACUGUUGCCGUUACAUCCAUCCAGACCAGAAAUCAGUCUCUAAUGGCGUUUGGCAGGGAGAUUGAGUAUACGGUGGAUUCGGAUCUAGCAGAGUCUUCCCUGUACUCUGAUGAGGAUGGUAAAUUGCGUCACAGCAUGCUAGACAAGUGGAGGGACGAGCAAAGGAAAUUUUUGGAAUUUGCUCAAACUUCCCUGUCAACGGAACGAUCGAAGCGUCAUGAUCAGGAAGAAGAUUCACGACGUCUGGUGAACUCCUUAGAGCUGGAGCAAUAUGCAACAAGACAGCUACGAGAAGAACUAACUUCGGCCAAGACGUCCCUGGAGGAGCUGUCAUCCACGUCGAAUCACGAUGCGGCAGUUUUGAACCCGUCUAGUAAUUCGAAUGGUGUGUCUCAUGCACCGAUCGACACUACCGAUGCUACCAGAUCAGCACUGAUGGACCAGACAACAUCUUCGGAUGCCAUGGCAGAGCUUGCUGAACUUCAUCAGAAGGUGGCUCGCAUGGAAGAAGACAUGGCCGAAAAGAAUCAGACUGUCAAACAACAACAGCAGCUCCUUGGAGAUCUACGAAAGCAGCUGCAGCGUCAUGUGGGUAAACCAGUUUCGGCAAAGCUACAUCCUGUGUCAUCAGCUGACCUGUCACCCCCACAUGGAUCUAUGUCGAGCCAGAAGCUUGAUCCAGUGAAUGACUUAUACCUGAAGAAUGUCAUUCUGCGUUAUAUGUGCAGUACAGACUGGGAGGCGCAACACUUGAUAAAAGCGGUUUCAACACUUUUGAGGUUUACAUCCCAAGAGGAGAAGCUAGUCCGUGACUACUUUGCGUACAAGACCUCUUGGUUCGGAGCUAAGCCUGGACAGCCACCUUCCUAACACCUGCGAUGUAGCUACAGAAAUAUCUUGAUUGAAAGACUCUGUGUGUGUGUGUGUGUGUGGCCCAUAUCUGUUAGCCCAUGCAGUGUGUUGCAGGGCUAUGCGGUUAUAAUGUUGAGAAGUCCGUACUAUUCGGGGGCCAACCCAUGCAUGCUAUUUAACUUUGCGUUCAACAAUGCCAAGCGCAAACGCUGCAUCCUUUUUCACGAAUCGCAGUACAUCUCUCCAUAUAUUUUUAUGUCAUUUAUCUUUCUGGUUGCACCAUGUUUAGUAUUUUGUUAUUUGGGGGUAAAUUAUUUUCAGUUUUUUUUUCUGCUACCAUGCAUGAAUAGAUGUGCACCCUUUGCUUACUUGCUGCCAUGCCAUGUGCCGUUCCUGCAUUUCAUCAUCUGUUGACCGCGAUCUCAUGAGAAUAUACAGUGAUGCUUUGAAAGUACUACUUUGCGACUAAUAGAAUAUUUCGUUCAGUUCUUAUGCGUUGCCGUAGCUAAGAAGAAAUUCAUUUGAACCAGGUAGGACCACCUCAAGUAGGGCCACGCCAAGGCUAAAGGGCUACCAACUGACUGUGUAGGAAUGCACCAAGAUGACCUAUGACAUUCAUCGCGGCAUCCAGGGCAAUUUAGAAUGCAUCUAUUUCCACGAUAGUCUUGUCACUGUGCAAUGGCAAGGGAUGCACCCGCACUCUGUUGGUAAAAAAGGUGGUCAACAUUGACAUCAUUUUCCGAUA